AUGAAAGUGGAACAACAAGAAGAUUCCGUGGCAUCAUCGGAUGAAGAUGAUAUAAAAAAUGAAAAUAAAAUCGAUGAUGAUCAACAACAAGCAGCAGAAUUAGAAAAAAUGAAACAGACGAUAACAGAAAAUACGUGGAAUUAUCAAUUUUAUCUGAAUUAUAUCACGUCAUCAAAAAAAUACAAUAAUUUAAAACAUAUUCAUUAUAAUCGACAAAAAAUGUCCGAUUUGUUUCCACUAAUUGAACAACUAUGA